UGCAGAGUGUCCAAAGAUACAAGGCAUCGUAAACCAUCCGCUACUUCGGCCUAAUCGUAUUCCCCACACAUCGUCAAUCCGUUGGAAGACGGCUGAAUUCUUCUAUGUGCUUCACCUCCAUCUUCUCACCUGUGACGUUACCCCCUCCUUUGAUGCUCGUUUUCUGUACUCGGCUUCUUCUCAGGCUUGCUUCUCGACCUCGGCCUUUGCUUCUACUGCGGCUUGACAUUUUGUCUCAUAACUGCGUUAUGCAUCAUCGAUUUCCUACUCAUGGUUUGGCAUUCUCUUCAGCAAAUUCGUUCAUCUGCACUUUGCGUCAGGGGCUUGUCUCUGUCUGAGCUCCCUUUUUGGCUUCAUUCUUUCUCGUCUCAUUGCAUGUGCCGCAGACAUCAAUUCAACUGCACGCUGUAUUUUUCUGCC